GAGGGAGCAGAUGGAAGAGAGGAGGGCACUGGAGUCUGACAGUGGGCUCCGGGCAGACCGACUGCAGAUGAAGUUUUCACUCACACUCACCCGGUGGGACUCUCAGGAAUUCAAAUUAACCGGCCAGACGUCACCGUGCGACUGACAUGUUGCGAUGUUUCGCGCAGACAUACAGAACGUGCACUUGUUUCGGGUCAUUUUGUUGUGUUUUGCACUUUUCCCGGAAGCUGGCUGUAGGUCAGCCGAUGCAGGCAGCUGUCAUGAGGUGAAGAUAGCCUACAUGAUGCGCCAGAUAGGCCCCGUGGAACUGGUGCCAGAAAGACCCGGUACAGGGGAGCCGCUGAGAGUGUGUGUGCAUGCUGGGCCCAGCUGCUGUACGAGUAAAAUGGAGGACAGUUACGUGGCAGCUGUUCGUAGCGAGAUGCAGCACAAGAUGCGAUCCUACAGCUUCGAACUCAAAUACCUGAUUGAUGGACAUAGAAAGGCCUUCCAAGAAACCUUUGAGUCACUCGUGUCCUUCACAUCGAACCUGACAUGCAGUCUGUUUGACAGCGCCUACUCCGCUCUCGCAUCGGACUGCCGGCUUCCUGUGUUCCAGCUGUUUUCCGACAUCAGACGCCACCUUUCAGGAGAUGCUAACUCCUCCCUCAACAACGCAGUGCGCCGAUUUUAUAACGAUCUCUUCCCGCUGGUGUACCGCCGCCUGCUUAACCCUGGAAUUGGCCGUCCAUCAGCAAUAUCCCAUUUAUCCUUCUUAUCCAACCACGAUGACUGUCUGCGGAUGACACAACAGGAUGUCAGCCCGUUCGGACCUCAUCCUCGGCUGCUCGUCAGCAGCCUUUCUCGCGCUCUCGGACCUGGUCGGGCGCUGAGCCGGCUGCUGAGGCUGGCAGGAGAAGUUGUGAAUUCAACAGAGAAGGUGACCUUAUCCAGGGAGUGUGGACGGGGAUUAGUAAAGAUGCAGUACUGUUCGCACUGUAGAGGCCUAACGCUGAUUCGGCCCUGCACUGGACUGUGUCACAAUGUCAUGAAAGGAUGUCUGGUGGGUGUUUCUGAGCUUGGUGCCCCCUGGGGACGCUUGGUGGUAUUGCUCCAAAGGUUAGCUGCUACUUUAGCAACCAGCAGCAACCACAACAGCAUGGAGCUAGCUCUGCUGGCAGUUCGAAACCAUGUGAAUGAUGCAAUACUGCACGCACAACUGCACGGUCCACGAAUCACAGCUACAGUAGAGAAAGUUUGUGGGCCCCAGGAACCUGGUUUCAUGCUUAUGGAUACGAAGUCGUCCCAAAUACACCCUGUUACCCGGGCAACACUACUCACCUCGAAGAAGUCGGCGGUAACUCUGCCUGCUUCACCUCAUCGCCAUUUGCAGUCGCAUCCCCAGAAGUCAUUCCCCCUUCAAGGUGCGAAAGGAGACAAAAGUCGAAGCCUGAAAAAAUUAUCAAGGGAAUUUGAGAUCUCCAUCCAGCGGUACCAGUGGUUUUUGUCUGAGCUGCCAGAAAUGCUUUGUGAAAGUGAAAUGGAGGUUGAGCAGCACACAUGCUGGAGUGGUGAAGAUGUUGUAGAAAGUUAUGCAGGUCACGUUGUUGGCAGCACUUUGAAAUCCCAGAAGGAGAAUCCAGAGAUGUCUAUACGCCACACAGAUCCUGCCCUCAAGGAGGUGAAACAAAGGCUGGAGCGGCUAACGCAGGAGCUGUUGGUGGAUCUCGGCUGGGCAAGCAGAGAAAGAGGAAGAGGGGAGGCAGGGGACGGAGGGAGCGCCCUGACAGAUGGAAGCGGUGGAAACGAUUGUGAUGAUGAGGAUGGCUGUGGAGCAUCUGGUGAGGAGAGCGGUGACGAUUCUUCAAGCGGUCGUAGUCCAGAAACAAAAGACGCGCCUUCUGUCGCUCCUCGUCGCCCAGUUCCUCCAGUUCAAAAUUCACCUCCCCAGGUGGCUGUUCACGGCUCAGCCCAUUCGACGACCUUUGAACCCCUGACUGGGUUAAUUAUUCCUCUGCUCCUAAUGCUGUCGCCAUGGGAACCCCGCUGACAACGAAGCGAGUGAGAAGGCUGAAGGAGAACCGCAUGUUGCCAUGUUGCCAUGUUGCCAUGUUGCCAUGUUGGAGACGUAACGGUUCAGCCGAACUGUUCUGAUUGGUGGAACAAGCUGCUGGUGCAAAGAACACCUUUUUUUACUAUUACCUGUAACUGACCUACCUAAUGGUGAUAGGAUAGUUCGCACAGCAUUACUGACGUUUUUUUUUUGUUUUUUGGAGAAAAUGUAAAUACAAGUAUAUAUAAAUUAUAUAUUUAUAUUGAGAGGUUCAAUAGAUAAUAGCCUGAUGUGUACAUUGAGUUUAUUGUGGAACAAAACGGUAAAAUACUUGGAUGGUAAUGGGUUUUCUUAUUUCAAUAUGGUCAAGAAAUUAAUUUAUAUUUACCUUUUUGUUACCACACCACUACAGCAAAACUCCUGCAAACAUGUAAUAUUUGUCAAAAUGAGGAUGGAGCAUGCAGGAAGGUUCUUUCUUAAAAGGAUAAACAAACUUAUCUGGUGUUUAUCUCAUUAUCUCCAUGGGAAGACUUUGAUAAUCUGACUCCAAAAGGUAUCAUUUUGGAUAUUUUGUCAUCACGCCCUGCAAUGUUUGGAUUUCUUAAACCAAUAAGAAACAUCCUCAGCCGUGCUUAGCCCAGGUUUUUUGUUGACUAAUUGAGGCAUUUGGUGACGUUGUAAUUUUACUUGUUAAUUUGGUCAGAUACACAAUUAGCAAUGUGGCGGUUUUGCAAAAUACAGAUGAAAAAUCACCACAUUCUAUUGCAGAAGAUUUUUAUCAUGACUUUUAUUGAAAUUCUCUUGUUUCUAUUAAGCAAAUUUAUUUCCGUAAUUCCAGUUUGCGACAAUAUGGUUGAAAACGCAGCUAGCUGGCCCAGUGAGGCAAAUUUUAAAGUUCAUUGGUUGAAAAACAUUUCCACUGCCAUGAGCCUCUUGCAUGUUACAGUUUACGUCCCCAAAUUUCGCGCAUGCGCACAAGGCUGCAAGGCAAGAAGAUGAUUCUUUUACUUGCUAUCCAUAGCUGCGUUGCAGCGGUAGAAUGACUCCGUUACCAAAAUGAAACCCGGGGUAUUAAUUUACUGCUGUAUGCCACAGCAAAGGGAAAAAUAAUGCUGAAAAACCGUGGAAAAACAACUCAAAACCACUUUUUUUUGCUCUUUGUGUUAGCUACGCUAUCCACGGACUCGUUGCCAUACCAACUGACGACGACCCUAUACAUUUAGGUUUCAACACCAACAGAGACUGAAACAUUUCCCACACAAAGAACAGAACAUUCAGUCCGUUACAGUUGCAUAUUUUUAGGCUUGAUAUUUAUUUUGCAAUUAUUAAUAAGUGAUCGCUGUGGUAGAUUAGCUACUGCUGCUAUUAGGAAACCUAACGCAGCGGUUUUUGAUUAGCUAAUUUAAACACCUGCUCUACUGAUGAUCUGUCAGAGAUGGUGUUGAAGUCGCUUUUUAAAACUUUUUAACUGAACCGAAAACACAGAGAAUUCCACAGCACAUCUGCAUGUUACGGUUGUCAUAGUCAAGCUAGCAUAACUGAACUACUUCCCUCUCCCUCACUAUUUUUUCUAUUUAAAACUUUCUCCUGACCUUGUUAUUCAGUUGUCAUACGUGUACAAUUAAGUUUUAGCACGUUAUACUGGUAACAGCUAAAAACAAUGCUAGCCAUCGUCAGCCAGCAGCUUUUUCCCCUCCAACAGGGAGAUGGGGCGGGUUCUUGCGCUGCAACGGGUCCAUAUUGUCUAUUUAACUGUUUCUAAUCUAAUCUGCUUGGGCAGAUUAGAUUUCCCCUGGCAAUAUAUGUAGAGACUGAAAUCUGAUUGGAUGAAACGUCAAUAGUCCACACAGACAUGUAUGGGAAGCAAUACCGCCAAAAGAAAUGCUACAGAAAAAGAGAAUAGACUUUUGGAAGUAAAUUAAUACAAUUUAAUUGAGCAAACAUUAUAAUUUAGGUUGUAGAUAUUCUGAAAGUGUUUGGGCCAGUAGAGAAAGCCUAGCGCUGGAUUUGAGCAUAUUGUAUUCACCAAAAUACGUGCGGUUAUUUCACUUGAUACACUUUACUUAUGAUUUAUCUGCCAAAUGAAACAUCGUCAGAACAAAUAUCAGGCUGUGAACGCUCUCCCAACAUUCUCAGUUUGAGUGUAAAAAGUUACAUGUGCACAGGAGUGUUGUAUUUAGAUUGUGGUAAAAAAAAAAAAAGGCUUCACCAAGUUCAUAUUUGCAAGGUUAUGUUUGAAUAUAAAAGAUUUAUUUUAAUAUACAGUAUUUUUAGGCAUAUGAAGCACUUUUGUAUCAUUAGGUUGAUGAAAUGAUGAAUAUUUCUAGAUUUUAUGUGUAAUAAUUGAUUGUAAGUAAGUGAUAGUAAAACAAAGUAUUUUGUAACAAGUUACUACUUUAUGACAGAUAUUAGUAAUUCUGCAAAAGUUGGAGCAACACCACUCAUAUUCAGUUGCACAGAAAUGACUUUCUGUUGUUCUACAACAGCAAAGUGCUGGGCUUACGCUGAGCUAUGUCAUCGUAAAAAAGUAAAAUAAAUAAAUUACUACAUCCAA